UGAGAAUAGUCAUCUGAAUGAACCGACUAAUGUUGAUUGAUGCGACGAUAAAAAUCAAUAAAAAUUAUCAUAACCAGAAGAAGAAAACAAUCUACUUCAUCAGCAUUAACACCCCGUGCUAUGUCAUCAAUCAACCCGCUUCAUCGAUCCGCCGUCGAGCAGCAGCCAGCGUAUAUAUGUAGCUCGGUUCCUCAGCACCAACUCAUCAGCAAACCCGUGACUGCGAAGAAGAAGAAGAAAGAGUGAGGGAGAUAUCGACUGAAGCUCUUGCAGUGAAAUGGCUACCGCCGGGAAGGUGAUCAAGUGCAAAGCGGCGGUGGCGUGGGAGGCCGGGAAGCCGCUGUCGAUGGAGGAGGUGGAGGUGGCGCCGCCGCAGGCCAUGGAGGUGCGCGUCAAGAUCCUCUACACCGCCCUCUGCCACACCGACGUCUACUUCUGGGAGGCCAAGGGCCAAACUCCGGUUUUCCCUAGGAUCUUGGGCCAUGAAGCUGGAGGCAUUGUGGAGAGCGUCGGCGAGGGCGUGACGGAGCUGGUGCCGGGCGACCAUGUCCUCCCGGUGUUCACCGGAGAGUGCAAGGAGUGUGCCCACUGCAUGUCAGAGGAGAGCAACCUCUGUGACCUCCUGAGGAUCAAUGUCGACCGCGGCGUGAUGAUCGGCGACGGCCAGUCCCGCUUCACCAUCGACGGAAAACCCAUCUUCCACUUCGUCGGGACGUCCACCUUCAGCGAGUACACCGUGAUCCAUGUCGGGUGCCUCGCCAAGAUCGACCCCGAGGCGCCCCUCGACAAAGUCUGCCUCCUUAGCUGCGGUAUCUCAACCGGGCUAGGUGCCACCCUCAACGUCGCCAAGCCGAAGAAGGGUAUGACAGUGGCGAUUUUCGGUCUUGGAGCUGUUGGCCUUGCUGCCAUGGAAGGGGCCAGGAUGUCCGGCGGAUCGAGGAUUAUCGGUGUGGACUUGAACCCUGCAAAACACGAACAAGCUAAGAAAUUUGGCUGCACCGACUUUGUGAACCCCAAGGACCACACCAAGCCAGUGCAAGAGGUGAUCGUGGAGAUGACCGACGGCGGAGUCGACCGGGCGGUGGAGUGCACUGGCAACGCCGACGCCAUGAUCUCCGCCUUCGAAUGCGUGCACGAUGGGUGGGGCGUGGCGGUGCUGGUGGGCGUGGCGCACAAGGAGGCGGUGUUCAAGACCCACCCCAUGAACUUCCUCAACGAGAGGACGCUGAGGGGCACCUUCUUCGGCAACUACAAGCCGCGCACCGACCUCCCAGGCGUCGUCGACAUGUACAUGAGGAAGGAGCUGGAGCUGGACAAGUUCAUCACCCACAGCGUGCCCUUCUCGCAGAUCAACACGGCCUUCGACCUCAUGCUCAAGGGGGAAGGCCUGCGCUGCGUCAUCAGGAUGGAUGAGUAGAGUAGAGCACCUGGCUCUUCUUCAUCCCUCGCUGCUAUUGCACUACAACACACAUGUAUUACCUCUUUGCUUACCUUUUUUUUUAAGCCACGCCCCUUAGGACUCCGGUUCAUGAAAUAAACAGAAGAAGGUUGCUCGAUUAAUUUGCGGAAACCCAAGUGAAAACCAUAAAAUUUAUGUACCCAAUCAAUUUAUUUCAACAUAGUUCGUUCGCCUA